AGCACCUGCGAAAGUAACACCAGGGGCUGGUGUAGGUGCGUUGAGGAGCCUAAGACUUAAAAGGAGGCCUUCAAGAUGGCUGGAGAGAGAGGACUGAUCACGUGUGCUGUGCUUUGUUUGUGCACUUAUUUUAAGUGCUUUAGUUUGGUGUUUACCUGCACACUUAACUUUGUUCUAAGAGACUGAUUGAAUGUACCACCUGGGGUUUCAAACAGGGGGCAGGUCUUAGAAGAGGACAUCUACCUGCACUCUCUACUGGUCAACUGAUUUGGAGUGACAGGUCUUCUGAACAUGUAACCAUUCAGCAUGAACCUCCCCAGCACUGUGGAACUCACUGUACUGUGUGCUGCUCUGAGUGCAGUGUUUUAUUGGCAUAUUCGGCAUUAGGAACGUUUAUCUUAUGCCUUUCAGUUAUUAAUGUUAAUGUUACACAAAUUUAUAGGUCUUAUGUCUGAAAAGAUAUAACUGUUAUUUUGGGUAGUGACGAACAAGGGUAUGAAUGAACAAAGCUGCUCCACCUCUUGGGUUUAAAACUGCUAGAGCAGACUAGUCUAGCAGUGUCCUCUAGGGCUAACUAGGAGAGCCAUACUAUAGUUUAAUAUACAAUAGUUUACAAUAGUUUAUACAAUCGUUUAAACAGCAUAGAAACAUGCACUGAGCACUUUAUUAGCUACUCCUACCUUUAUCUACAUUUACUGUUCAUUCAGUGUCACUGCAGUGCUGAGAAUGACCUACCACCCAGAUAGUACCUGCUCUGUGGUGGUCCUGUGGGGGUCCUGACCAUUAUAGAACAGGGUAAAAGGGGGCUAACAAAGUAUCAGAGAAACAGAUGGACUACAGUCUGUAAUUGUAGAACUUCAAAGUGCAGCUAUAUGGUCAGUGGAGCUGAUAAAAUGUUUAAUGAGUGUAGGCACAAAGUAGUGACCUAAUAAAGUGACCAUUGAGUGUGUGAUAUAUGCAUGACGUCAUUUUCAUGAAGCUGUGCAGCUGCAUGUCUGUGUUUGAGCCUGUCUGUUCUGUUACGGCCAAUUAAUAAAACCAGUAAGCCACUUGAGGCCACGUUCCAAACAUAUUUUCAACAUUACCAUGAGUUCUACAUAGAACCAUUUCAUGCCUAAAUGGUUCUUUGCACUGUAAAAUGGUUCUUCAGAUUGACAGAGAAUGUAUAUGGUUCUGUGCCAAGGUUUUCUGAAAAGGACUCUAUAUAGCACCAGAAAGGGUCCUGCUAUUGUUAUGAUGUGUUUAGCUGGUAUGUAGCAAUAUUUGUAUAUCGACUCUUAAAUGACUUUGUAAUUCAGAGAAUCAAACAUUUGCUGGAGAAAUGUAUACGGGACAAACAAGAUUAGGUUUGUAACUUUAAAAUAGCCCCAGACCAUUAUCCCUCCUCCACCAAACUUCACUGCUGGCAUCCUCCCUGCAUCUGCCAAAUCUAGAUUCAUCCAUCUGCCUGAUAGAGAAGCGUGAUUCAUCACUCCAGACCACAUGUUUCCAAUGCUCCAGAGUCCAGCUGCAGUGUGCUUUACACUUCUCCAGCUGACGCUUGGCAUUGUGUAUUUUGAUCUUAGGCUUGUGUGCAGCUGCUCAGCCAUUUGGUGAAGCUCCUGAUGUGCAGUUCUUUUGAUGAUGCUACAUCCAGAGUCAGUUUGGAGCUCUUAAUGAGUGAAAGGUGAUUUUAUGCACUCUGCACUUCAACACUUUAUGGCGGCACUCCAUGAGUUUAUGUACUCUUUCACUUUGUGGCUGAGCUGUUGUUGCUCCUAGAUGCUCCCAUUUCACAAUAAUAGCACGUACAGUUGUCUGGGGCAGAUCUAGUAGGACAGAAAUCUCCCAAACUGAUUUGUGGCAGAGGUGGCAUUCUGUUGCUUGUCUUGGGAGACUGCAAGGCUAUGUGCUUGAUUUUAUACAUCUGUUAGUAAUAGGUGUGGCUGAAACACCUGAACUCAAUCAUUAGGAGGAUCACUAAAAAUCUACAAAAGAACAAAUGAUUAUUCUUUUACCCUCGACAGCUCUCUGACUUCAGCCCAACAAUAUUUUCAAAACCUGGUAGACAUAAUUAUUGGCACCCUUGAUGUUAUGGGGGAUAAAGAUCAUGGGCUUGGCCCAUUUUUUAGCACUGGAGUGUAUGUUGAGUACAUGUGGUGCCUCUGUGGGUGUGAGCUAACAUUCAAAUGUUUUUAUCUCAUCAAAACAAUGUGUGUCUAGUGAACUCCAGGCAUUUACAUUUGUGGUGAGUUGAAAGAAAAGCUUUCUUCUGGUGCACCUUCUAAAUAGCUUGUGGACACUGAGGUCCAAAAAGCUACCAACUCCUCCAAAUCUCCAACUGAAAUCAUCAGUUAGCAAGAAGGAAGAUUUUGGCUUCGGGCCUCCAAAAAGGUAGCCCUGAGUGCAGAAGAUGGAGGGUGCAAGGUUCCCCUUGUACCCUGUACACCCCUCACACAUGUUCAGCGUUUUGCCUGUUUAGCAUAUUCAUCCCUGUACACCACUCACACAUGUCCCCUGUGGGGUGAUGUCAAAGCCCCGCCCAAUGUUUAACAGGACAGUGAAACUUCCUCUGAUGCUGAUACGCUGUGUAGCUGUGAUGGCUUCAGCGAUGGUUCUGCUGCUCUGGUUCAUCGGUGUGCUGUCAGUGAGUUUGAGCUCUCAUGCUGGUUUAACUGUAGAAGCAGAACCUGGUGAUGAUGUCACUCUCUGGUGUGAACACAGCCUGACUCUGUCAUCUUAUUUAUUCUGGCUGAAACAAAUAAACAAUUCAGCACCAGAUUAUAUUACAUGUAAAUAUUACUCAGUAUCAUCAUCUUCAUCCAAACCCUGUAAUUUUAUAGCUGAGAGUAACAGGUCAGUGAUGAGAGUGAACUCCACGUUCUCCUCUCUCACUAUAACUGCAGUUACUCUCUCUGACUCAGGACUCUAUUACUGCAGCACACUGGAGGGAAAAUACAUGACCUUCAGCACCACAACAUAUUUACAGAUCAGAGAGAAUAAAGGAGUAUCUUCCAAGACACCAGACGAAUCUGAAGAAGUUGGCUGCAAAUCUGAUGUCUUCCUCAUGCUGACUGUGGUGUUUGGGGUUGUGAUUGUAGUUCAGACUCUCCUGAUGAUUGUUCAGUGCAUCAGAAAACAACAGAGAGAAGAUUCUAAUGCUGGAGUGAAAGAAGAGAAUGAGGAGCAGGAUGGUGAAGCGGUGAACUACGCUGCUCUGCACGUCAACAAGAGAAACAAGGGAUCAGAGAAAAAUGUAACUGUGUUUACAUAUGUUAUAUAUUCUUCUGUAAGUAACAUUCACUAAGAUUACGUAAAUCACUUCAGCCAAAAAUAUCUGUGGAAUCUAAAUUACUCUGAGCCGCUUUUCUUAAUAUAUAUAAGUGUUCGAAUGUUUGGGCACCCCUGGUCAAAGUACAUGUUAUUGUUGAUAUUUUUAAGUGUAAGUAAGUGAACACUUUUCUGCACAUUUGAACCCACAAUUAUUUUUUUAUUGCUAGUUUAUUUACUGAA